GUACUUUACAAAUGUGGUGUGUUCUGCAGGAGUUGUUGAAACCUGUAGCCAGGUUGAGUUGACAUUGUUUUAAAGACUAUAUUUUCAUCAUGAAUACUAAUAAAGAUGAGAAGCCAAGGUUCAGAAGUCAAGAUCUUCACCUUCUUCAUACUUGGAUGAUGUUAAUCAUGACUGUGCUCUUUCUUCCCAUCACUGAAACAUCUAAACAAAAUAUUCCUCGUCUGAAACUAACUUAUAAAGACUUGCUGCUCUCAAACAGCUGUAUUCCCUUUUUGGGUUCGUCGGAAGGACUGGAUUUCCAGACGCUCCUUGUAGAUGAGGAGAGAGGCAGGCUGCUCCUAGGGGUCAAGGACCAUGUCUUCCUGCUCAAUCUGGUUGACUUAAACAAAAACUUUAAGAAGAUUUAUUGGCCUGCUGCAAAAGAACGGGUGGAAUUAUGUAAAUUAGCUGGAAAAGAUCCAAAUACAGAAUGUGCGAAUUUCAUCCGAGUACUUCAACCCUAUAAUAAGACUCACAUUUAUGUGUGUGGAACUGGAGCAUUUCAUCCACUAUGUGGAUAUAUUGAUCUUGGACUCAACAAGGAGGAACUCAUAUUUAAACUAGACAUGCACAGCUUGGAGUCUGGCAGACUGAAAUGUCCCUUUGAUCCUCAGCAGCCUUUUGCUUCAGUAAUGACAGACGAGUACCUCUACUCUGGAACAGCUUCUGAUUUCCUUGGCAAGGACACUGCAUUCACGAGGUCCCUUGGGCUGACCCAGGACCACCAUUACAUCAGAACUGACAUUUCAGAACACUACUGGCUCAAUGGAGCAAAGUUUAUUGGAACAUUCCCCAUUCCAGACACCUAUAAUCCAGAUGAUGAUAAAAUAUAUUUCUUCUUUCGGGAAUCAUCCCAGGAAGGCAGUACAUCUGACAGAAGCAUUCUUUCAAGAGUUGGGAGAGUUUGUAAGAAUGAUGUAGGUGGGCAACGAAGUCUGAUAAACAAAUGGACAACUUUUCUUAAGGCGAGAUUGAUUUGCUCAAUUCCUGGAAGUGAUGGGGCUGAUACUCAUUUUGAUGAACUGCAAGACAUUUAUUUACUCCCUACGAGAGAUGAAAGAAAUCCUGUAGUAUAUGGAGUCUUUACCACAACCAGCUCCAUCUUCAAGGGCUCUGCUGUGUGUGUGUAUAGUAUGGCUGACAUCAGAGCUGUUUUUAAUGGCCCCUAUGCUCAUAAGGAAAGUGCAGACCAUCGCUGGGUCCAGUAUGAGGGAAGGAUACCUUAUCCCCGACCAGGAACGUGUCCAAGCAAAACCUAUGAUCCACUGAUUAAAUCCACCCGAGACUUCCCUGACGAUGUUGUAAGCUUCAUAAGGCGUCACCCGGUGAUGUAUAAGUCGGUGUACCCAGUGGCAGGAGCACCUACCUUCAAGAGAAUCAAUGUGGACUACAGACUGACCCAGAUAGUGGUGGAUCACGUUGUUGCUGAAGACGGACAGUAUGAUGUCAUGUUUCUCGGAACAGACAUUGGAACAGUCCUCAAAGUUGUCAGCAUUUCCAAGGAGAAGUGGAACAUGGAAGAGGUAGUCCUGGAGGAGCUUCAGGUGUUCAAGUACCCAACAGCCAUCUUGAACAUGGAGUUGUCUCUGAAGCAGCAACAGUUGUACGUUGGUUCCUGGGAUGGAUUGGUUCAGCUCUCCUUGCACAGAUGCGACACUUAUGGGAAAGCCUGCGCAGACUGCUGUCUUGCCAGAGACCCCUACUGUGCUUGGGAUGGAAAUGCUUGCUCAAGAUACGCACCCACUUCCAAAAGGCGAGCUAGACGCCAGGAUGUAAAAUAUGGGGACCCAAUCACUCAGUGCUGGGACAUAGAAGACAGCAUUAGUCAUGAAACAGCUGAUGAAAAGGUGAUUUUUGGAAUUGAAUUUAAUUCAACCUUUCUGGAAUGUAUACCAAAAUCUCAGCAAGCCUCUGUUAAGUGGUACAUCCAGCGGUCAGGAGAGGAGCAUCGUGAGGAGUUGAAACCCGAUGAAAGGAUCAUCAAAACGGACUAUGGGCUACUGAUCCGAAGCCUGCAGAAGAAGGACUCUGGGAUGUAUUACUGCAAAGCACAAGAACACACUUUUGUCCACACCGUAGUGAAGCUGACUUUAAAUGUCAUUGAGAAUGAACAGAUGGAAAAUACCCAAAGGGCAGAACACCAGGAGGGGCAGGUCAAGGAUCUAUUGGCUGAGUCACGGUUGAGAUACAAAGACUACAUCCAAAUCCUUAGCAGCCCAAACUUCAGCCUGGAUCAGUACUGCGAACAGAUGUGGUACAGGGAGAAGCGGAGACAACGCAACAAGGGCGGCCCGAAAUGGAAGCACAUGCAGGAAAUAAAGAAGAAACGAAACCGAAGACAUCACAGAGACCUGGAGGAGCUCCACAGAGCCAUGGCUACAUAGUUCUCUAUUUAAUUUAAAGAGAAAAUUA